CUGUUCCCCACGCCGGGGCAGCCGCCGCCGUCGCCCGGAGAGAAGGUGGAGGAAGCAAGCCAUCCCUUAGCACACGCGCUCCAUCAUGGACCAUUAUGAUUCCCAGCAAACCAACGACUACAUGCAGCCCGAAGAGGACUGGGACCGGGACCUACUCCUGGACCCCGCCUGGGAGAAGCAGCAGAGGAAGACCUUCACCGCGUGGUGCAACUCCCACCUCCGGAAGGCGGGGACACAGAUCGAGAACAUCGAGGAGGACUUCCGGGACGGCCUGAAGCUCAUGCUGCUGCUGGAGGUCAUCUCAGGUGACGCAGGCCACUCCACAGACUCCAGGCUGUCCAGGUGUCUGGAGGGACAGCUCCAUUUGAACACACAUCUCAGCUGUUUCAUUGGGGCCUCUCUUCCACCAUUCCUUAAAGGCUGGGAGCCCUGUGAACGGUUGGCCAAGCCAGAGAGAGGCAAGAUGCGGGUGCACAAGAUCUCUAACGUGAAUAAGGCCUUGGAUUUCAUAGCCAGCAAGGGGGUCAAACUGGUGUCCAUCGGCGCUGAAGAAAUUGUGGAUGGGAAUGUGAAAAUGACCCUGGGCAUGAUCUGGACCAUCAUCCUGCGCUUUGCCAUCCAGGACAUCUCCGUGGAAGAGACCUCUGCCAAGGAAGGGCUGCUCCUGUGGUGUCAGAGGAAGACAGCCCCUUAUAAAAACGUCAACAUCCAGAACUUCCACAUCAGCUGGAAGGAUGGCCUUGGCUUUUGUGCCUUGAUCCACCGACACCGGCCUGAGCUUAUUGACUACGGCAAGCUGCGGAAGGACGAUCCCCUAACAAACUUGAACACAGCCUUUGAUGUGGCAGAGAGGUACCUGGAUAUCCCGAAGAUGCUGGAUGCUGAAGACAUUGUGGGAACUGCCCGACCGGAUGAGAAAGCCAUCAUGACUUACGUGUCCAGCUUCUAUCACGCCUUCUCUGGAGCCCAGAAGGCGGAGACAGCAGCAAAUCGCAUCUGCAAGGUGUUGGCUGUCAACCAGGAAAACGAGCAGCUCAUGGAAGACUAUGAGAAGCUGGCCAGUGAUCUCCUGGAGUGGAUCCGCCGCACCAUCCCGUGGCUGGAGAACCGUGCACCAGAGAACACCAUGCAUGCCAUGCAGCAGAAGCUGGAGGACUUCCGGGACUACCGGCGCCUGCACAAGCCGCCCAAGGUGCAGGAGAAGUGCCAGCUGGAGAUCAACUUCAACACGCUGCAGACCAAGCUACGGCUCAGCAACCGGCCUGCCUUCAUGCCCUCAGAGGGCAGGAUGGUCUCGGACAUUAACAACGCCUGGGGCUGCCUGGAGCAGGCAGAGAAGGGCUAUGAGGAGUGGCUGCUGAAUGAGAUCCGGAGGCUGGAACGGCUGGACCACCUGGCGGAGAAGUUCCGGCAGAAGGCCUCCAUCCACGAGGCCUGGACGGAUGGCAAAGAGGCCAUGUUACGGCAGAAGGACUAUGAGACAGCCACCUUGUCAGAGAUCAAGGCCCUGCUCAAGAAGCACGAAGCCUUCGAGAGUGACCUGGCUGCCCACCAGGACCGCGUGGAGCAGAUCGCAGCCAUUGCACAGGAGCUCAAUGAGCUGGACUACUACGACUCACCCAGUGUCAAUGCUCGUUGCCAAAAGAUCUGUGACCAGUGGGACAAUCUGGGGGCCCUCACUCAGAAGCGGAGGGAAGCCCUAGAGCGGACAGAGAAGCUGCUGGAGACCAUUGACCAGCUGUACUUGGAGUAUGCCAAGCGGGCUGCACCCUUCAACAACUGGAUGGAGGGGGCCAUGGAGGAUCUGCAGGACACCUUCAUCGUGCACACCAUCGAGGAGAUCCAGGGAUUGACCACAGCCCAUGAGCAAUUCAAGGCCACCCUCCCCGAUGCGGACAAGGAGCGCCUGGCCAUCUUGGGCAUCCACAACGAGGUGUCCAAGAUUGUCCAGACCUACCACGUCAACAUGGCAGGCACCAACCCCUACACAACCAUCACGCCUCAGGAGAUCAAUGGCAAAUGGGACCAUGUGCGACAGCUGGUGCCACGGAGGGACCAGGCUUUGACAGAGGAGCAUGCCCGCCAGCAGCACAACGAGAGGCUACGCAAGCAGUUUGCAGCCCAGGCCAACGUCAUCGGGCCCUGGAUCCAGACCAAGAUGGAGGAGAUUGGGAGGAUCUCCAUUGAGAUGCAUGGGACCCUGGAGGACCAACUCAGCCACCUGCGGCAGUACGAAAAGAGCAUCGUCAACUACAAGCCAAAGAUCGACCAGCUCGAGGGAGACCACCAGCUCAUCCAGGAGGCGCUCAUAUUCGACAACAAGCACACCAACUACACCAUGGAGCACAUCCGUGUGGGCUGGGAGCAGCUGCUUACCACCAUCGCCAGGACCAUCAACGAGGUGGAGAACCAGAUCCUGACCCGGGAUGCCAAGGGCAUCAGCCAGGAGCAGAUGAAUGAGUUCCGGGCCUCCUUCAACCACUUCGACCGGGAUCACUCCGGCACGCUGGGUCCCGAGGAGUUCAAAGCCUGCCUCAUCAGCUUGGGUUAUGAUAUUGGCAACGACCCCCAGGGAGAGGCAGAAUUUGCCCGCAUCAUGAGCAUUGUGGACCCCAACCGCCUGGGGGUAGUGACAUUCCAGGCCUUCAUUGACUUCAUGUCCCGAGAGACGGCAGACACAGAUACGGCAGACCAGGUCAUGGCUUCCUUCAAGAUCCUGGCUGGGGACAAGAACUACAUCACCGUGGACGAGCUGCGCCGGGAGCUUCCACCUGACCAGGCCGAGUACUGCAUCGCACGAAUGGCCCCGUACACCGGCCCCGAUUCGGUGCCUGGUGCUCUGGACUACAUGUCCUUCUCCACGGCACUGUAUGGCGAGAGUGACCUCUAACCCGCCCGUGCCCCUCGCCCCUCGCCCCCUCCGCCUUGCGCCCGCCCUGCACCGCCGCUGUCCUGUUCUCCUGCCCGUUUGGUUUCAGCGCUCAGCCUCCGGCGGCGGCGGGGCAACCUAGAACCCACACGGCAUCGAGUCCCCCAGCCCGCAAAGUGACAGUUUACAAGAUUAUUUUCUGCAAAAAAGAAAAAACGUUUAAAAAUUAAAAAACAAAAAAGCAACAAAAAAAUUACAUAUUUUAUUAUAGAAAAGUAUUUUUUUCUCCACCAGACUUAAAUGGAAAAGAGGAAAAAUUAACUAUUUGCACCGAAAUGUUUUUGUUUUAUUGUGACAUAGGAAAAUAACCAAGCACAAAGUUAUAUUCCAUUCUUUUUACUGAUUUUUUUUCUUGUAUCUGUUUCAUCUGCUGUAUUCAUUUUUCCGAUCUCAUGUCCACCUGGUGGGGGUUGGGAGUAGAGGCACAUUGGUGCAUGUGUGUUUGCUAGCUCACUUGUCCAUUAAAAUAUUUUAUGAUAUUAAAGAAAAUCUUUUGAAA